ACAUCCACUCCCUCCAUCACUCAAAAAAUCUUUGCACUCUUCACUUCUAUGAAGCUCCCCAAACAAUGUCCUGUAUCUCAACUGUCCCCAAAACCCUAAACCAAACCCUAACCCUAACCCUAACUUCUCUCAAUGGCUAUCCCAAAUUCUUCACUUCAUAUAAUAUCAUCUUCUCCUUCAAAGUUUCCCUCUAUGACACCCUUCAAAUUCCCAUCAAAACCGUCGAAAAUUCGCUGUUCUCAAAAUCCUAAUCCACCAUCUCCACCGUCAACCCUAAACUUAAUCUCGAUUCUUCGAAUAAUACCCGAUUGGGCCGAUGAAAUCAAGGAGAGUAGAAUGAAACAAACCAAGUCACUUUACAAACAUGAGGAUUGGGUUGAACAUAGAAGCUCUUUGAGACAUAUUCGGCAUCUGUUGUCUAGUUUGAGCUCCAGGGUGAUUCUGUCGUUGGUUCCGCCAGUUAUUGCUUUUACGACGGUCGCUGUGGUGGUGGCGAGUUAUAACACGGCAGUGUUUUGGGAAUUGUUGCCGGAGUUUUUCCCGGUUUUGAGGGCGAGUUCUUUGCCUUACCAACUGACGGCGCCUGCGUUGGCGCUGUUGUUGGUUUUUAGAACGGAAGCUUCGUAUUCGAGGUUUGAAGAAGGUAGGAAGGCGUGGACUAAGAUUGUUUCUGGGACAUAUGAUUUUGCUAGGCAAGUGAUUGUUAGCGUGGAGACGGAUUCGGUUUUGAAAAUGGCGCUUUUGCGGUACAUCUUGGCGUUCCCGGUUGCUCUUAAGUGCCAUUUGGUUCAUGGAUCGGAUACAGGAAAAGAUCUAAAGAAUCUGCUCGAGGACGAUGACCUAGCAGUAGUUCUCCGUUCAAAUCACCGUCCACGCUGCAUUAUUCAAUUCAUCUCUCAAAGUCUUCAGAUGUUGAAUUUGGAGCCAUCAAAGCGAACGUCACUCGAAUCAAAAGUUACUUGUUUCCAUGAAGGUAUUGGUGUUUGUGAACAAAUUACGAGCAUACCCAUCCCUGUUUCUUACACUCGUUUGACUUCGAGAUUUCUUGUUCUGUGGCACCUUACACUUCCGAUAAUUCUCUGGGAUGAUUGCCACUGGAUUGUGGUCCCCGCGACCUUCAUCAGCGCUGCUUCUCUAUUCUGCAUCGAAGAGGUGGGUGUUUUAAUCGAAGAACCGUUUCCGAUGCUUGCGUUAGACGAGCUAUGCAAAUUGGUUUACGACAAUGUCCAAGAAGCAUUAACAAGUGAGAAAAAGAUUAAAGAUUUACUUGAUGCAAAAAUGGCAGAUCAUGCUUCUAGAAAACGGUCAUCAAACGGGCACCCGACUUCAGGAAGUGGUCAAGCUACUUGGCCUAACAUAAACUUCUGAUGAAUAAUAUUCAAGAAAUAACUUCUGUAGUUAUCUGUAUAUAUUUGUUUAUAGAAGAAACAUUUCAACAAGUUGGCAAAUAAAUACAUAUACUCUUUAAUCAAA